CGUGAGCGAGAAACCAAAACACGGCGCAGGACGUCCCUUGGCGAAUCGCUUCCGAGGCGCCCACGAAACGCUGGUCUUAUAUGUGAAACCACAUCGAAAAGAUCAUAAUGUCUGUUACAACCAAAAAGAAACAUGUAGAACGUGAGUUGUACGAGGACUUCUCAUUGCCAGAAGAACAUCAGUCCAUUGUGAGGGUUGUAAGACCACGAGGCAAUAAUUUACACCAGGUGACCACAGCAGACGGGGAGGAGUUCCUAGCCUCCAUGCCGCACAAAUUCCGCAAGCACGUGUGGAUCAAGCGAGGUGACUAUGUGGUAACAGAGUCCAUCCCGGAGGGCAACAAAGUGCGGGCAGAAAUUGUCCGCAUUUUGAUGAAGGACCACAUCCGGUACAUAGUGCAAAACAACAAGUGGCCAGCAGGCUUUUCAGAGCAUGAAGAUGAGGAGAAGGAUGAGAAGGAGCCAAGCAAAGAACUUGAGAGAAUAAAGUUAAAAGAUGAUGUGGAGAGUGAUGAGGAAAGUGGAGAUGAGGAAAGUGAUGAUCUUUUAAUGGAAAAUCCAAACAGACCUGUGAUAUAUGUUGAGGAAACAGACUCUAGUGAGGAUGAGAGUGAAGAAGAUGAGACUAGUGGAAGUGAAGAAGAAAAUAAUUAAUGUUUUCACCCUCAAGAACUUUGGGGCAAACAUUAGAAAUGACUGGACACUUUCUUCUUCUCAAAACUAAAUGUAUACUUAUAAUAGGCCCCAAGUUGCUUUAAUUUGGUAUGGCAGCAAUCUUUGAAAAUCUUGUUUUUUAGUUUUAGAAACUUUUAUAUAAGAUAUUAUUUCUGUCAACCUAUUGUUCUAUCAAAUACACAUCUAUGGACAUUAAGGAUUUGCUUAAACAUAGUGCUUAGUCAGUUAAUCCACAUGGGAGAACUAUCUUUUAUAAUUUGAAUACACAAGAACACAGUGAAUUUGCAUUUAACCCAGUGCCCCCAGGGAUGGCAUAUAUGUACUUGCCAUGCCCACACAGAGUUCAGUGGAUUAAGUGUAUCUACAAAUAGAUGUCUCUACACCAAGUCACCAAGAAGUCAGUUACUCGUCCUACCUAUCUCACCUAUUUAUUCUUUCCUUGACUUUUGGAAAUAUUCUUUAUUUACAUAACAACAACAAUAUUAUUAUUAGCAUUAGAAAAAAACAAGGAAAGGGCAAUCAGGCCAGAUCACAUAGGUUAACUAAUUUACACUGGUCAUCUGUGGAGCCAUGUGUGUGUAAAUACAUUUUACCAAAUAGUAUUGCAGUGAACAUUGCAAUUUCCUGGCUGCAAUGAGUUAAGUAAAACAUUAUUUACAGAUCACAAAAAAGUAAUUUUGUUUAAUUUUUUAUAGAAAUUUGUACUAUUAUCAGAAUUAUGCAUUUUUUGUCAAGGUAUAGCAUAGAACUGGAAAAAGAUUUGAUUUUUGUUGAAACUUUCAGGCUACAUUUGAUUAUGUUGAACAUUCAUUGUACUCUAAGAAGGAAAUAUACUUUAGUAAGAUAAUGCCUUUGUUUAAAGGAUAUUAAAGGAUAUUAAAGGAUAAUUAUUAUGGAAGUUCCACAUAUGCUGAGUGUCAGUACUUUCUUUGAACUUUGUGUGUUUGGUUACUUUUCUUGUGAUUGUAAAGCUUUAAAGUACCAUAACAGACUUGUGUAAGUUAGAGACUAAAAGGAUAAGGUUUUCUUUCUAAUGAACCCAAAAGUUGUGACUGCUGCAUUCUGUGUAUUUCAUGUUAUUCAGAUUGUUUAGUUACUGCAAAUAGGACAUUUAAAGUAUAUCUUUUAUAUUCAGAAAACAGAAUACACUCAAUAAAAGAAAAAACAACAACAUUAUUUCCAUAUUGGUUUUCCUAUAUGGUCUUUCAUCAGACAGAAAUGUUAGUCAGUUUCUCAUACUUACAUUGUCAAAUGUAGGAGUGAAUGUGAAAAAAAAGUUCCAGAUGGUAAGGUGAAUUAUCUGAAAUUUUGUUUAUAUAAUCUUAAUCAGAAAAUCACUAUGUAAUUAAGAUUGUAUAAACAAAAAUCAAAUAUAACACAUUUUUGAGGAAGACUGAUAAAUUAAAAGCAUGGCAGGCCAACCAGGCAUUCUUAGGGAAUAUUGGAGUAAGUGUUCUCUUCAUUUUGCCCAUCAUUACCAGUUUUUAUCCUGGGAGGUGCAUUUUUUCCAUUUUAUAUUCUGACACAAUGAAACGGAAAGGUUUCACCUAUGCACAAAAAGUGGCUGUGUGACAAAUUUGGUAUGGUAUAGGAGCAUUCAGCCAAGAACAGCCUCAAAACUCAAGCUUGCAAAAGUAAUCUGAAACAGGAUUUGCAUCAUAAGAAAAUAAGCCUCUAAACAUGAACCUAUUUUUCUCAUUAAUUAGAAAUUCAAGAACUGAUUUAUUUUGCAGAAUAUCUUGCUGACAGCAAAAAAGGAACAUUUAAAAUUUCUGAAAUCUUUUCAAAAUCACUAUUAAGGCAUCAUACUUUAUGAUAAUGAAUGCACUUGUAAAUUUUCUUUAACCUUUAUUAAAAACUUUUUUUUUUCCAUUUUUACAGUAACCCUAGCACAUUAUGAUAAAAACACACUGGUGCACACCUGCUGAUACACACACACACACACAUCCACACAGGAACAGGAGACAGACCCAGUCUGUAUAGCACCCACACCUGCUACGGCCAAUCAUAAGUGAAUUCCAUGUUCUGGCUGAAAGUUUAAUAAAGGAAUACCUACA